AUAAAAUGAUAAAUUAAAGUAAAAUGCCGUGUAGUCGUGUUUCAAAUUAUUUUUUCAAAAGUAUUUUUUUGGAACGUAUUCUUUAUUAUCUUUAUUUUAAUAAUUAUAAUAGCUUUGGAAACCCGGACAACGUUCACAGUCGCACCUAAUAAACAUGGCCGCCUCCCCGCCGCCGUCGGACGUGUGUGUGAAAAAAAACCCAAACAUGUCUGAACGCAUGAACUCUGCGAUGGAAACGGACGAGUGCUCGAGUACGGAGAACGGGAGCGAAGAGGAGAAGAAAACUGAACCACCAGAAACGGAGGACACUUUUAAAAAGCCGGCUCUGUUCGCAGCUCCGUCCUUCAGCAGCAGACGCAGUCACGCCGCGGCUCCGUCCAGACCGACAGCACCGACAGAGACUAAACAUGUGGAGGAAAGCACCGAGGCUGUGGACUCUACUAGUGAGGACACUUCAGGGGUUGUACAUGAAAACAAAACCACAGAAAAGGACCAAGAAGAGGACGAGAAAGACGAGGCUCCUGUCAACACUAAACCGGAAGCUAAGGCCAGGGUGCUCCCCGCUAAAGGGCCCCCAGCUGCAGGUAAAUUCCCCCCCAUCCCGUACACAGAGCCGCUCUGGGGUGAUCUCGCUCCAGAUGUCCCCUACGCUCUGGAAAUCCUUAAAAACGGCACCAUAGUGGACACGGUGCCCCUCACGGAGAAGAGCUACUUCGUGGUUGGACGUUUACCUGUGUGUGACGUCGCUCUGGAGCAUCCCUCCAUCUCCAGGUACCAUGCGAUCCUCCAGUACCGCAGACAGGCUGGAGAGGGAGAGUCUGUGGGAGAGGAGAGGGGCUUCUACGUGCACGACCUGGGCAGCACGCACGGCACCGUGGUGAACAAGAACAAGAUCCCCCCCAAGACCUACAUCAGGCUCCGGGUGGGACACGUGUUGAAGUUUGGUGGGAGCACAAGGCUUUUUAUCCUACAGGGUCCAGAGUUUGAUGAGGAAGAGGAGUCUGAGCUAACGGUGACGGAGCUGAGGGAGAAAGCCCGAAAACAGAAGGCAGAGCUGGAGAAGAUGAUGAUGGGAGACGGUUCUGAUGAUGAUGAUGACGACGAGAAGGAGAAAAAGGAGGAAGACGGGCAAGGCGAGAGCAACAAGGGCCAGAGCAAAGCGUCAAACAACGACUCCGGCUGUUCGUGGGGAAUGGACGACGAGGUUGUUCCAGAGGAAGACGAGAACGAGGAAAACCCUUUUUCAACGGAGUUCCAGGAGGACCAGGAAGCGGCCUACCUGAAAGACCCAAAGAAGGCUUUGCAGGGCUUCUACGACAGGGAAGGAGAGGAGCUGGAGUUCGAGUAUGAAGACAAAAGCCACGGCAGCUGGUUCUGCAGAAUAAAGCUUCCAGUGGACGAUGCCUUGGGCCGGCAGCUGGUUGCCGAGGUGACCCACACGGGGAAGAAGAAAGAUACAGCCAUCCAGUGCUGCUUGGAGGCGUGUCGGAUGCUGGAAGCCAGAGGGCUGCUCCGCCAGGAAGCAGUGUCCCGUAAGCGCAAGAAGAAGAACUGGGAAGACGAGGACUACUACGACAGCGACGAUGACACCUUCCUGGAUCGAACCGGCACCGUGGAGAAGAAGAGGCAGGAGAGAAUGAAAAAGGCGGGAAAGGUUGAUGAGCGGCCUGAGACAUAUGAAUCACUGGUGGCCAAACUGUCAGAGGUGGAGAAGGAGCUGGCAGAGACUCAGAAAAAGCUCAGUGGUGGUAGGGGAGACUCCUCCGGCUCCUCCACUGAGGACCCGCUGGAUGCCUUCAUGACCUCGGUGCGAAGCGAGGCAGCGAUGGACGCCGUGGAGCGCAGGAAGCUUCACGUGCACUCAGCCGACUUGCGCAAAGACGCUCAGAGGCUCCGCAAACUGGUCGAGCUCACGCGGCCCGCCCAGAUGCCCUCACUGCUGCCGAGCGGCAGCUCAGAGAAGCCUAAAAAGACCUUACCGCUGUUCGGAGCCAUGAAGGGAGGAAGCAAAUAUAAACUGAAGACUGGCACCAUCGGGAAGUUGCCUCCGAAGCGCCCCAACUUGCCCGCACAGCUCUUCAACAUGAAAGAACUUUCACCCAGUGGAGAAGUGGAGGAGGAAGACGAGGAGGAGCAGGCGAAAGAUGAAAAUGAGGAUAAUGAUGAUGAUAAAGAGAGUGCAACUAUUACUGAGAGUAAUGUCGACUCCGAUGAGUCCGGUGCGUCCACGUCUCAAGAGAGCACUCCAUCGGGGCGGCGAACACGGCAACCAGCACGACCCCGAGACACAGAAGAGCAAAGCCACAAGCAGAGGAGAGGUGAGGAGUCUACUGAGUCCAUGGAGCAGGAUCCUCAGAGCAGCAGCAACGAGGCUGUGGCCCCAUCGAGUCCAGGAGGAGGUGACGGAGAGCCGGCAGCGGAGCCCAGCCCCAGAAAGAAUGUGAAGAAGAAGAAAGCUAUGGGCCCCAGCAGGCCACCAAGGCAGCUCUCAGGACCGUAUCCAGAGGACGACCCUGAUUACUGUGUCUGGUUGCCUCCUACAGGUCAGUCUGGAGACGGCCGCACGCACCUAAACGACAAGUACGGCUACUGAGGGAAAACAUGAGAGAGAGAGAGAGCUCUUGUGUCUCAACUCCACCAGCUUUUAUACUGCAGAUAAUACCUGCAACACAAAAGCCUCCAGUCUCCUUCGCUACUGGCCAUUAACCCUCUCCACCCAUCCCAGUUCCCAGCUGAGAAGUGCCAGUAACCGACCACACUCGCAGAAGGACAAGCAAAGAUAAUAAAUGCUGCACCUUUCAUCAUCUUUGGGGAAUAUUUGCAUUCUCAAAAACAAAAAAAGCACACCCGUUCCAAGCUUUGGGGGAGCAGACACUGGGCAGCCAGCCCGCUGGCACUUAUCACCCAUGACGAUAAUAGAGAACGGGUAGCACUUGGAUUUUGUCCGUUUUUUUAUUUGAAUUCUAUAUCAUCCAAGCAGAAAAUGGAAAGGGACAGAGCAGUAACGGCAACUGAUCUUUGGCUGUUCCUCUUGCAGUUAAAUCCACCUGACAUCCAAUCUGUAUCCCUCCCCUAUUUGGCUUCAGUCGAUCGCUGGCAUAACCUUUUUUUUUUUUUCAAAGGAGAGUGUGUAGCAGGGAGGGGAGAAAGAGGGAGAGCAUUGAAGCAGCUUUUCUGACCAUCUGGACACUUGGAUGGCUUACUGGAUGAAACGCAAGCUGAUAAUGACUCAAGCUAAGUGGAGUGUGUGUGUCUACGUCGUUUACACCGACACACACACACACACACAUACAACCUUCUCAAAGUUCUCUUUUUAACAAGAUUGUCUUUACGGGUGAGUCAGCUAUUGGUGUGUUUGCCUAGAGCAGGAUUCCUCGCUCUGUGAAAUCCCACUCAGUGCUGUUCUGUUGGUUUACUGCCAUACUCUCCACCCUCUUUCCUGUCGGUUUUUUUUUUCUUCCUCAAAACACAAAGUAAAAGGAACUGUAUUUUGUUAUAUAAAUGUAAAAUAAAAUUGUCUGUACAUAA